AUGACUGUGACGAAGCAUUUGCGGAAUCCCCCGCACUUGGACGAGCUUGCAGCUGUCAUCGAGAAAUCACUACUAUCCAACUUUGAGACUGCAAGUUUUAGAGUCGUCGAAUGCCCGGAUUUAGCACAACCACCUUUUAGCCUCGCUGGAUCUGGUCUUUCAGGAAAUCCUCGGAUUGCGGACAUAGGUGGACAGCAACAUCUUUUCCCAAAGCCGAUUCUCAGUGCAAAAUACUCGCUUCUUUCUCUGGCGGGAAAUAUGGAUAUGUCUCCUCAUGCAGGUUUCAUUUUUGGGGCAGGUGCCGCUCCAUUCCAAGAUAUUGGUCAAAAUGGCGAGCUGGCGCCCAAUCUAUCCUGGCGCGGAAAUGACACGGCAUCCAGCUUUAAAGAUCCGAGCUUGUUGGCCUUGAACAACGGCACACGUGUAAUCAAGCUUCAGGCCGAUCAUGAACCAAUAUGUGAGCGCCUCUCGAGCACAAAUUGCGCAUUGAUGAUGAACCUCUUCGGAUCAGAUGGAGACACGGGCCCGGUUCUCAAAAUCAAUGCAAAGGCGCGCACAGGGGAACAUAAUUUUACCAAUUGUAUCCGCUACGGUCUGCAAGAGAUCUAUGGGGACGCCAGACCAAUAAGCCUUGGUGGUGUGUUCAUCUUGAAAGCCGGAAAAGCCAAGUUUCACAUUAUGCCCGACUUUCCCCUGGAAGAUCAAUUGCCAUUUAGAGACCGCAAGCAGCUGGAGAAGGAAUGGCUCUCAUAUCAUAUAUUCCAGGCCCCUGUGGUAUGCCUGACUGUGAUGCAUAGUGCAGAUCCGGAAGGAUUGGGCCUGAGGAUGGAGCAUACUCACUCCUUCGACGCAGAUGGAAACCGCAAAGGAGGUCACUAUCAUUAUGGUAUUCAGGAUGAAGAUGAGGAUGUCGAGUAUGAGGCUUAUUUUAAUGUCGCAUCUAUGGUUUAUAGGAUUGAUCAACCGAGUGUUUAA